AUGUCGCAAGGUCUCUUAUAUUGUAACUUUCGCACCAGAACUCGGGUUCCUCGUGCACUCGUCGAACAUCUCAAGCUCGAUAUAAAGCUCGUGGAUCCAGAGGACCAGCCAACAGAGUUCGCUCGCGAUUUCCCUCUAAAGAAGGUGCCGGGCAUGGUUUUGCCUGAUGGAUCGAAAUUGACAGAAGUCAUUGCAAUUUCAUAUUACUUGAUCGGACUCUCCUCUGACCAUUUGGCCAAGGAACAAUUGGCUGGAUCUAACAUAGAAGAAAGAGCUCAAGUUUUGAGAUGGAUGUCAUUGACGAACAGUGAACUGCUGGUUUUGUUUGCGAAAAUAUUGAAGCCUCUUAUUGGCCAAGCUCCUUACAUCAAGCCUCAGGCAGACACGUUUGAGGCCAAGAUUGAAGCCGUUACAGCAUCUUUCGAAGCGAGACUGUCCACCCACACCUAUUUGGCGACCGAACAGGUUUCGUUGGCUGAUCUUUUUGCUUUCACAGUGUUUGGCAAGUGCUUUGAGAACAUUUUUGGUUCCAAGUGGCGUGCGGCCCACCCAGCCAUUAUGCGUUGGUUUAACACCGUGAAGGACGUUACUUACUUGAGGGAACUCUCUAAGAAGUAUGAGUUGUGCGAUGAACCAUUGCCAUUGCCCCAAAGUAACAAGAAAAAGGAAUCCAAGAAGGAGUCCAAGAAAGAAACCAAACCUCCAGCUCCAGUUGCAAAAGCACCAACUGCGACAGAGGAACCAGUCGAGCAGAAGAAACCUAAGCAUCCUUUGGAAUUACUUGGCAAAGCCACUUUCCCCUUGGAUGACUGGAAGCGUAAGUACUCCAAUGAGGACACCAGAACAGGUGCAUUGCCUUGGUUUUGGGAGAACUAUAACCCAGAUGAAUACUCUCUAUGGAAGGUUGACUUCAAGUACAACGAUGAGCUGACUUUGACCUUCAUGUCCAAUAACUUGGUUGGAGGGUUCUUCAACAGACUCAGCGGCUCGGUCAAGUAUAUGUUUGGUAGUUUGGUAGUGUUCGGUGAGAACAACGAUAACGGUAUUACAGGUGCUGUUAUGGUAAGAGGCCAAGACUUUGCUCCUGCCUUUGAUGUCGCACCAGACUGGGAAUCGUACUCUUACACCAAGCUAGACCCUUCUAAGCCAGAAGACAAGGAUUUUAUUGGCAACAUGUGGGCCUGGGACAAGCCUGUUACCGUUGACGGUAGGGACAGAGAGAUUGCCGAUGGCAAAGUCUUGAAAUGA